GUCUAGAAACUUAUAUUCAUGGGAUAGAAAUAUGCUCUACUUCUUAUAAAAACUGUCUAAAAAACUUAAAUUCUAUAUUCUCAGCCAACUAUGACAUAAGACUAGGAGAUGCCUUAUUUAUUGGGGACUAUAAUAAAAAAAUGGAUUUUGUGGUUGGUAAUCCACCCUAUGUGAAAAUUCAUAACUUAAACGGACAAACCAAAAAUAUUAUUUCCCAGCAACAGUUAAAAGGAAUGCAAAUUUUUCCCAACAUAACCACUUAUCCGGUAAUUGCUUUAUUUGAUAAUUCCCAAAAAAGUCAGAAAUUUAAUUAUUCGGUAGUUGAAUUAAAAAAUAAUGGCAAAGAGAAAUUAUUCCCCGAAAGUAAAAAAAUUUUUGCUAAAAAACAAAAAAGUUAUUGUGAGGUAAAAAAUGCUUUUGCUACUUUGGCCGAUGAUAUUUUUAUUGCUGAUAAAUUUCCUUUUUCUUCCUCGGAUAUAAUUAAAGUAGUUAAAAGUUCUACCGGAGAAACAAAAGAGUGUGUUUUCCCUUAUCGCUAUGAUAAAGAAACAAAAAGAUAUUUACUAAAAGAUUUUGCGGAGUUAGAAACAAGCACGCAAAAAUAUUUGCUUAAUUUUCAAUCGCAGUUAAAAGCUAGGUCAAUCAAAGAAAAAGAAAAUAAUGUCAAUUUUGGGUCAGUUCCAGAAGGAAUGGGAAUAUAUGGCGGAAUAUAUAUUUUGCCUAACGGAACUGAACCUAAAGAAAUUGAAAGCCAUAUUCGCAGUGAAAAAUUUAAGGAGUUUGUGAAAAUUUUCGGGGAACAUCGGAACGGAAAUUAUUAUUUAAUUAAUUCGCGAGUGUUAAAUAGAUAUCUUAAUUAUUCUCUUUCUUUGUCAGUAUGUUUAGAAAGAAGUUUUUUAAAAUAUUUAGAAAAAGGAGCUAAAGGAGUGCGAGGCACCGGCAAAUUGAAAAUUCUCCAUCCGCAUAUUGCGGAGGAUUUGCGAAAUAUCUUAGGUGAUAAAUAUCAAGUCUAUUCUUUGGAUGAAAAGCACGGCAAAGAAAAGACAAUUCAAGGUCGAUACAUGGAAAAAAGAGUUGAUAUAGCGAUAAUGAAAGGAGAAAGGCCAGUGGCGGGAAUUGGGAUUAAGUUCAUUAUGAGUAAUUACCGGCAAAACUCCAAUAAUUAUUUUGAGAAUAUGUUAGGAGAAACUGCUAAUAUUCGGGCUAAUACUAUCCUUUACUUUCAGAUAGUUAUUUGUUUUUCUCGUUCUCCUUACUUCUACAAGGAGAAAAAUAAGGAAAGAAUUAUUAAGAAUUUCGAGAAAGUUAGUUUAAACCAUUUGGAAAAAUAUCAGGUUCUUUCCCAAGAUGACACUACCAUUUAUUUACAUUCACCACUCAAAACUCUCUUGGUUUUAGUAGAUUUUGCUAAUAUUAAUUGCGAAGAAUUAUUUAAAAGCAAUAAGUUAAGAACUAGCAGUGAACUUAUUCAAGUAGUUAAGGAAAAAGGAGCCGAGUUGAAAUUUAGUGAGUUGGAGGACGAGCAACAAAUUUUAGAUAUAGAUAUAAAUAUUAACAAUAUUAUGUUUGAUAAUGUAUUACAUUGCCCUAAAUGUUAUAAGAAUAUUGAUAGGGGAAAAUAUGUGGAAAGAGAUGGAACAAAAAUUUGCCUAAGUUGUGUUUCUACUGAGAAAAUUUCAAAAGCCUUGUUUGGUGAAGAAGUAAAAAAAGAAGUUAUUGCUAGAUGUAGUAGAAAUAUUUGUUCUAACUUAAUUUAUAAUACUGACCCGCCUCGUAAAUUUUUAAAGAAUUCUGGUUUUGAGUAUAUUUUCAGUUCUAGCGAAUCUGAAGAAAUAAUUCUAUGUGAAAAAUGCUAUCAGGAGAGAGCAAAUUAUCAAAAAAAGCAAGCAAAAAUUUUCAAAUGGGUGUGGGCGGCUUUAUCUUUUUGUGUGAUUUUUGCACUAGUUUUGUGA